AUGGGGACAACGCUGGGCAGCUUGGGAGCCUUCCUGGGCGGCACUCCUGUCUCCUUGCAAGGGCAGCCAGCAGAUGGGAGCCAGGCGCGGUUGUCAGAUUCUUCAGCAGGUGGAAUGAGCGAUUUCGGCUGCUGUGCUGGGGGACAGGCUGCUAUGAGCAGUACCUUGGCCCAGUGGGUCAUCUGUGACUUCAGCGAUAGCAGGCAACUUGGAUCAUCCUCCUCUGUGCCUUUUACAUCCAUAUUCUCGCAGCUGUUUAUGACUGUUGUAGUCCCCCUUAUUAUUGGACAGAUUGUCCGAAGAUACAUCAAGGACUGGCUUGAAAGGAAGAAGCCUCCAUUUGGCGCUAUCAGCAGCUGCGUGCUCCUGAUGAUCAUCUACACAACGUUCUGCGAUACUUUCGCCAAUCCAAAUAUUGACCUUGAUAAAUUUAGCUUGAUUAUAGUGGUGCUCAUAAUAUUUUCCAUUCAGAUGAGCUUCAUGUUUUUGACUUUCCUCUUCUCUACAAGGAAUAACUCUGGUUUCACACCAGCAGACACAGUGGCUAUCAUUUUCUGUUCCACGCACAAAUCCCUCACCCUGGGGAUUCCAAUGCUGAAGAUAGUAUUUGCGGGUUAUGAGCAUCUGUCCUUAAUUUCCGUCCCCUUACUCAUCUAUCAUCCUGCGCAGAUUCUUCUUGGCAGUCUGUUGGUACCAACAAUAAAAUCUUGGAUGGUUUCUAGGCAAAAGGCACUGAAGUUAACCAGGCAGCCCAAAGCACCCGUGAAGGUAUAACGGUGGAGACGGCCCGUGUCACAGUGAAUGUAUAUAUGUACUAUACUGUACACACAGACUGUUGAGACAACUGGGUAUUUGUCAAUGUUGCUUCAGUGCAUAUUUUAUUUUUAUAUAUACAUAUAUAUAUAUUAAAA